UUUUGGGCCUUUUGCUUCAUUUGGUGUCUAUCACUUAACUCCUCCUCGCUUACUCACGUUGUUGCGAGUCUGCUUCGCCCUGGUUCUGCUUCUUCUUCUUCUUCUUUCUGUGUCUUUCAGCCUCUGUAUGUCUCCGGCUACUUCUUAGGAUCGCCGGCUUUUCAGAGAUUUUCUGUAAGAGAACAACCAUAGAUUUGCUCUUUGAGCUUUUAGUCUAUGUGCCACGAUCUUGAAUUUGAUAACGAAUGGAAGAGUAGGAAACUGAAAAGGUUGAUUCCAGUCUUCAGGAACUACAAUCAUCUACUGUUAUGUGCUCAUGCUAGUCGGUAGAACAAUUAGCAAUCAGGAGGAAGAAUUAGCACUUGCUGCAUUCUCUGUAAACGAAAUGGAUGUGGCUUUUUUCCCUUUAAGUUAGUGAAGGGUUAAUGAAGCUAUUUGAUUUUUCAGCAAGGAGCACAGGAAGCUCCGGAGAUCUCUGCAUAUCCUUAUUAACCAUUCUUAUUAAAGGGUUCUAUCCAAGAAACGUUAUCAGAUACUAUAUAACGUUCUUUCACCAAAAUAUUCUGUGCUGUUAGUGCUGACGUAUCUUAAAGAUGGACAGAUUAGACACAUCUGGCUUUGUUAGUGGGGGAAUUUGCUUAUUAGAAUAUUUUUCUAUUUUUUCAUUUAGUUCUGGUAUAUAAAACUACUAUUAGUAUGUUGUAAAAAGUGUUAUUCUAGUUGGGAUAUUUGGAGCUAUAGUGCACACUGUCAGGAGAAUGGAUCUGAACAAGAAGGGGGUACUGUUAUCUUAUGAUAAAGCAGUAAAAAGAAAUGACACCUUCGGAGAUAUUACUUUAAGCUUGAAUUGCCUUGGCUAUGGAGGUAGCAACACAGCUAGAUAUGGGUGUAAUCAAAGUAAUUCUGGAGUGAAUUGUCCCAAUGCUUCUGAUGACAACUGCCAGUUGGUCCUUGGGUUGGGCCCAACACCAAGUGCAUGCCUUGAUAAUUAUCACAAUGCUGGCUGCAAGAAGAACAAAGGAUUUGCUACCACGAUGCCUCAGGGGUUGUCAUCUGAGGGUGACUCAAUCCUACAGCUCAGUCUUUCUGGAGGUGGUAAUGAGUCUUUGAGUGUGCUUGAUAUCUCUGUUUCAACAGAGACUGAUAUUAAUACCUUCUCUUUCCCAAACCAAGUAUCUGCUGAAGAUGAUCAUCUUCCAGUUCCUGUUAUUGACGAGGGUUCUACCACUGCAAAGAAAUCAGGUGGCUAUAUGACAUCACUUCUUUUGGGUCCAAGAAGGGACCGUGCCCUUGUUUCGAUGCAAACACAAGAAGUUCUAGAGCUUGGGACUAGACCCCAGCCAAGCCAUGAAUCAUCCUCUACAACAGAGUUCUCAAUCGAGUACUCAAUUGGCACUAUAUCUGAGCAAGUAACUACUGGAGCAUCUUCAGACCACCAAACCAGCAAUUCUAAGAAAUGCAAAUUUUUGGGCUGCACAAAAGGAGCACGAGGGGCAUCUGGUCUUUGUAUUGGUCAUGGUGGCGGACAGAGGUGCCAAAAGCGUGGGUGCAACAAGGGUGCUGAGAGCCGAACUGCCUAUUGUAAGGCACAUGGUGGAGGUAAGAGAUGCCAAUACCUGGGUUGCACUAAAAGUGCUGAGGGGAAGACAGAUUACUGCAUAGCGCAUGGUGGUGGCAGAAGAUGCGGGUACUCAGGUGGGUGCAACAAGGCUGCACGAGGCAAGUCAGGCCUUUGUAUUAGACAUGGAGGGGGUAAGAGGUGUAAGGUGGAAGGCUGCUCUCGGAGUGCUGAAGGACAGGCUAGUUUGUGCAUCUCUCAUGGGGGUGGACGCCGUUGCGAAUUCCAAGGAUGUACAAAGGGUGCACAGGGGAGCACCAUGUUUUGCAAGGCACAUGGUGGUGGAAAGCGUUGCAUAUUUGCUGGGUGCACCAAAGGUGCUGAAGGGAGCACACCGCUGUGCAAGGGACAUGGUGGGGGAAAGCGCUGCCUCUUUGAUGGUGGUGGGAUUUGCCCAAAGAGUGUACAUGGAGGCACAAACUUUUGCGUUGCCCAUGGUGGUGGAAAGAGAUGUGCAGUGCCUGACUGCACAAAGAGUGCACGUGGCCGCACAGAUUGUUGUGUUAGGCAUGGAGGAGGAAAGCGGUGCAAGUUUGAAAACUGUGGGAAGAGUGCCCAAGGGCGCACCGAUUUCUGCAAGGCUCAUGGCGGGGGAAAGCGAUGUAGUUGGUCAGAGGGCAAAUGUGAGAAAUUUGCGAGGGGUAAGAAUGGUCUUUGUGCCACUCACAGUAACAUGGCUCAAGAGUGGGAGAUGAACAGGGGAGGCUUGAUUGCGCCACAACUCUUUCAUGGCAUUGUAUCUGGUGCUUCAACUGCAGGGAGCGGUAAAAUUGUAAACAGUAGUUCUUCCUCCAGAGCCAGUGCUGUACCCACCGGGGUUGAAUUGCUCGAAAGGCCAGGAAAAAGACAACAUCUCAUGCCCCCACUGGUAUUGGUUCCUCUAUCAAUGAAGUCCUCGUCAUCUAAUUCAAGUCUCUUGAGUGCUGAGAAGACAGAGGGAGGGAGGGAUGCCUAUGGAAUUGGUGUUAGCAGUGGCGACGGGAGCAGAAGCUUGGAGUUUAUGGUUCCGGAGGGGAGAGUCCGUGGCGGGGGACUCCUGUCAUUGUUUGGUGGAAAUUUGAAGAAUGCAAUUGAUGGGAUCUGAAGUUGAUCCCUCAACUUGCAGAGUUUAUUUCACUUCAUGUUGUGAAUUAGGGACUUCUUAGUGGUUAACUGUGUAUAAGGUUUGGUGCUUACUUGCUCAAAGACUAAUUAUGUAUCUUUUGUUAUUUUGUUAAUUUUAAUAUUAUGGGCAAUUUUAUUGUA